CCUUAGUCCGAACGCAUCUUAGUUUGGUUUUAGGUUCGGAGCUAGGUUUGGAUGAAGACUUUGUGCGGAUAAGAACGACCCUAACCUUCACUCUUCUUUCUCUCUCUAGAAAAAACUCUCUCUACCGCUUCCAAGUCCUACAAGAACCCAUUCCCUCCCUCUCCCUUCUUUACUUCUUCUCAAACUCUCUCCUUCAAAUCUCUCCCCCCCUCUCUCUCUUCAACUAAAACAAACACACCAUUCACCUUCCCACAUUCAAACCAAACAUAACACACGAAUGGCAAUUGAAAACCAAGACAACACCUCUGUCAGAGAAAUCAAACCAAAAAACAGAAGAAUCAUGGGUGCUGGAGGUCCUGAUGAAGAGGAUGACAGUAGAUGGCCACCAUGGUUGAAACCUUUGUUGAAAGAAAAUUUCUUUGUUCAAUGCAAGUUACAUGCUGAUUCCCACAAAAGUGAAUGUAACAUGUAUUGUUUGGAUUGUAUGAAUGGUCCUAUAUGUUCUCUCUGUCUUUCUUACCAUAAAGAACAUCGUUUUAUUCAGAUCCGAAGAUCUUCAUACCAUGAUGUGAUUAGGGUGAAUGAGAUUCAGAAGGUAUUGGACAUCACUGGUGUUCAAACGUAUGUUAUCAACAGUGCAAGAGUUGUGUUUUUGAAUGAAAGGCCUCAGCCAAGGCCGGGAAAAGGUGUCACAAACACUUGUGAAGUUUGCGAGCGUAGUCUUCUCGAUUCCUUCCGGUUCUGCUCUCUCGGUUGCAAGAUUGUAGGAACAUCUAAGAAUUUCCAGAAGAAAAAGAAACAAAUAACAGCAAUGGCAUCAGAUUCAGAAGAUUCAUACAGUAGCAACAACAACAUUCACAGCCGUCACAAGAAAAUCAAAGUUCAAAGCUUCACACCAUCAACACCUCCUCCAACUUCUGUUAAUUACAGAACAGCCAAGAGAAGAAAGGGAAUUCCACAUAGAGCCCCAUUGGGGAUAGAUAGUUGGUACUAUUAAUAGUUGGUAAUUUUAUUUUAUUUGCUAUAAUGACCCUAUGUCAAGUACUAUUUUUUUAAAAAUGUUUUUAGUGGGUGUAUAUAGCAAAAAUCCAAUAGAAGUGGAAAAAGUUGGGUAGUAGAAAAUAAAAGACACCUGUGGAAGAAUAGUUGGUGGUGCAUUUAGCAAAAAAAGAAGAAGAAGGGGGUAAGUAACCCGUGCGUGUCUAGCAAAAGAAGUAAGUUUACUAGGUUUGUUUUACUAAAGUAAUUAUACCUAAGUUUUGUGGUUGAGGAUGUAAAUGUGGGUUAGUAAGAUGUGGGAGAAAAGGAAAUGAAAAUGUACUAGUUGAAAAAGGUGGAAUGUCAAUAUAUGGAAAUACAAUAAUAAAAUGGAUCUUAUCUUAUGUUA